AAUAAAAUGAGUGGAACAAACAAGAAAAAAACUCGUCAAUAUUCGGAGAAAUAUUUAAAAUUUGAGUUCAUACCCGCUGUUCACGAUGAGCGGAUGCCGUUUUGUCUUUUAUGCCAGCAAUGCUUGACCAACGAAUCAAUGAAACGAGGUCAUCUUGAGGCGCAUUUGAAGGCGAAACAUAGUGCUCAUAUAAAUUCAGAUUUGAGCACUUUAAAACUUUACAGGAAAAGUUUGAAAAAACAACAACAUUACAGUCUCUAUUUACUGCUCGUUCUUUAACAAAUAAUCGUCUUUCUGAGGCUAGUUAUCAAAUUUCUUUAUUAAUCGCUAAAACUGGAAAAAAUCACACAUAGGAGAGAAUUUGAUAAAACCGUCAAUAUCAGCAUUUCUUAAAACGGUUCUGGAAAAAGAUGACAAAGAUGUAAAAGCUAUGCCACUCAAUACUGUUAGCAGAAGAAUAGACGAAAUGAGUGAAGAUAUUGAGAAACAACUUGUUGAAAAGCUGAGAACAAGAAAUUUCUCAGUACAAAUGGAUGAAUCAACUUUGAGAGACAGUGAGGCAGUAUUGAUAACCUAUGUAAGAUAUAUUGAUGAAGGGCAUUUUGCUGAAGAAAUGUUGUUCUGUAAAAGAUUAGAAAGCACCACUACCUCCAAAGAUAUAUAUAAUAAGUUAAAAAUCUACUUAGAUGUCAAUGAUAUACCAAUGAAAAAUAUAACAUCUUGUGCUGCAGAUGGCGCCCCUAAUAUGAUGGUCAAGAAAAAUAGCUGCUUAAAAUUGAUGAAAGAUGCGAAUCCAGAAAUGAUUAUUGUACAUUGUGUUAUUCAUAAGGAAAACUUGGUAGCUAAAAAUAUCUCGUCUGUUCUAAAUGAAGUACUACAUGCAGUAAUAAAGUGUGUUAAUGCUAUUAAAGCUAGUGCCAAAUGUGAGCGUCUUUUCAAGUUAUUUUGUGAAGAACAAAAUGAAGACCAUGUGAGACUUUUACUUCAUACUGAAGUAAGAUGGCUAUCCAAAGGAAACUGCUUGAAAAGAUUUAUGCAACUGUUUGAUACUCUUAGUGAUUUUUUAAGCGACAAACCUGAAAUGAAGUAUCUGUUAACAAUCAAUGGUAAAGCAUUUGUAAGUUAUUUAGCCGAUAUCUUUGAAAAACUAAAUAUAUUAAAUAAGCAACUUCAAGGACCAAAUAAAACACUUGUCGAUGCAAAAGCAAAGAUAUUUGGUUUCAUUACCAAUAUAGAGUUAUAUCAGAAACAUAUUAACAACAAAAACUUUGAACAGUUUCAUUGGCUCCAAAAAUGUGAAGUAACUGAUACUGCUUUACUUGUUAUUGUCGAUCAUUUGAAUAUUCUAUCCGCUGAUUUAAAGAAAGAUUUUCUGAUUUAAAACAAAUUGAUUUCCCAACAUGGAUGAUGCAGCCAA